CACAAUUAAGAUCUGCUUUCAGGUUUUGAACUUCGACCCAAUUAAUACAAAAAUGGCGAAGACACAAAGCCUGUUGAUUGCCUUUGUCUGGGUUCUGGCCGUGGCCUCCAUGAUCAUGUCUGCCGCCGCCAUUCGUCCAGCAACCAUCUCCGGCAGCAAUGUUCAGCCUCAGUUCCAUCAUUGGGGGUACCACCACGGCCACCACGGUGAUCAUCACCGCAAGCUGUGAGUGGAGUGCUUCAAAUUGAUGGAGAUUAUAAGCGGGAUGUGGUGUCUGCUAUCUAUCUAUUUAUCGUCGGC